GAAGCCCGGCUUUGAAAAUUUGAGCCUACGGCUCAUUUGAGCUCUGGGCUAUGUUACGGAUUAUGCGUUACAUUCCAAAAAUUUUACCCGCCGCAUCAAUUGCCCAUAGUCAACCGUUGUUUGAUAGAACUGCAUGCCUGUGUAGGAAGAAUUGUGCUGCCAAGUGGAACGUUCGCUUCCGCCGUAUCGGCUAUAAGAUGGAAUGCAUAUAAUUUAUUAUCAUAUACUUAUUACAGUCUUAUACCGACAAAUCGUCUUCAACAUUCUGCCCUUCAUCCCUGCUUCAUCCUACACCUUCUCUUUCCCUGCCUUUGGUCAUCACAAACUUUUUGGCUUCGGAUUGGGCGGUAGAACGUCGAAGUAGCAUCUCGGUUAACUUGUAAAGCUUUUUAGUAAUGGUCAGGCUUCCGGCCAGACUCCAUUUGGGGCAUGGGGCGCUUUGUACACUUGGUCUUCUGCUCCAAGAUUUUGCAUUAGCCCAGAAUCUGACAGAUUCUCAAAUUUCGGAUGUCGAAACGCGCCUAGCAGAAGGAGCUACUCAUCCCUGGGAACUUGGCACUCGAGCUCAAGCCCUGCUCGAGCACAAUGUUCGAGAUUUUUCUGUUUUCUCUUUAACUCUUCCAUCUACGUCUGUUCCAUCCGACACUUCUUCAGCAAUAGCUCCUGUUUUCUCCAUCGCAAAGGGCGUCGUUAACAACCGUACUGCGGUCAACGGCAACAUCACAGGUCCUCAACCGCUUGUGACAGACGAUAGUGCUGCAGACCCUGCUUCCAUCGGUCCUGCUGUCUUGUUAGCAAACUGGACCAAUUUAGGAGAUGGUGUCGACUAUGCAGGUGCUGCGUUGGACCAGCUCAACUUCCUUUAUGAAAAGGUACCGAAGACAAGUGAUGGUGCGAUUUCUCAUAGAACCGGUGAGGUGCAACUUUGGAGCGAUUUUGUUUAUAUGGUCCCCCCAUUUCUCGCAUACUAUGGCCUUCUUACAAACAACCAAUCCUUAAUCACCGACGCUUACACACAAAUCAAACUUUACCGCAACUAUCUCAGAGAUACAUCUGCAGGGAACUUAUGGGCUCACAUCGUGCUUGGAAAUAAUUCUAACGGAGUUGCGAACGAUCCUGGGCACUGGUCUACCGGUAAUGCAUGGGCCGCAGCUGGCAUGCUUCGUGUACUCGCUACAAUUCAAUCUUCUCCCUUCGCUUCCGAUAUGUCGAGUGAACAAGAUGAUCUCGCAGAUUGGGUGUCCGAAAUUCACGCGGCAAUGUAUCCUCACCUAAAUACCAGCUCUAACCUGUUCUAUAAUUAUGCCGACGAAAUGAACACUUUCCCUGAUGCCGCAUCCACUGCUUUGCUUGCAUCCACCGUCUACCGACUCUCCCUCCUCCGCAGCGUUCACCAUUAUCUUCCGGACGCAGAAAAAUGCAGACAAACGCUCUUCUCGUCAAACUCAUCUGGCCUUGUUCACUUCUCCUCAGAUGGAUGGCUGACACCUGUGGUUAAUCCAGAUUCCUUUGGUGAUGAAGGCAGUGAUAGUCCUGAGUCACAAGCGUUUAUACUUGAACUCCAAGCAGCUUGGACGGACUGGGUGAAUGAUGGUUCACAGGGUGCUAACGGUGCCUUGAGACUUGGCUCAGUAAAUGGGGCUACGAUUGUCUUUGCUGCGAUAUCAGUGGUAUGGAUUCUUCUUUUCUGAUUGCUUUGUACGCCCGACUAGUUGUACACUUACUUCUUCGCAUUCUCUUUGUACUUACUGUCUUUAUAUGUUAAACUCUUAUGGGUUGGUUUUAUUAUCAUAAGUUAUACUGCACAUACCUACUCACUCACUUGGAUUUAUACUUGAUAUACCUCAACUUUUUGUUGUCUUGUUUAAUUAAGUACUUGGUUUAUGUUUGCAGCUCAUGGACCCUGCUUUCAUGUUCAAAUCUGGAGUGUAUAAAUAAGAGAAGACA